ACCUACUUAUGCAAUCAAGUGGCUCAUCAUCUUUUUACCAAAGAGAUGCAGCUGUAUUGAACACUUUUUUUCAUGAAUUUAGGGUGCCAUAUCAAUCUUCUUCAUCUGAUGUGUUAGAUGAAGGCAUUUCUAAUACAGAACCUCCUUCGAUUUCUGGAGUGGAUCAUCUCGAGAGAAUCAAGUAUUUACAAAUAUUUAGCCAGGUUCUUUAUAAUAAUCGGAGAUUAAUUGAAUUUGAAUUGGAUGACUUAGAGGAUUGGCUGCAACGAUCACAGAAGCAGACGGUAUUGGUGCAGUCAAUUUCCAAUAAUACUAUGAGGUAUAUUGAUAUAAUACAAGAAGUAAUAGAUGAACUUUUGGCUACGGAGGCGGGUCUUUUGUCGUCUGUCGAGACGAAUGCAAGAAGCGGAUCGCUUCAAAGAGUGUUUACGACGAUGUCACAGCCAGAGGGAAGUAGCGAAAUGGCGACUGAAUUGAUAGAAGCAGGCGAGGGUAGAGAUAGAGAAAGGAAAUUACCGGCACAGUUGAGCAGAAAAUAUGAGUUGGUGAUUAUUCCGUUGAAAAAGCUGAGGAAUGCGCCGAUUCCGUUAAGGCAGGUUCAGUCUGCAUAUAUAGGCAAGCUGGUGACGAUACAGGGUAUAGUCAUAAGGAUUACAGAAGUGAAACCGAUGAUUGUGGUGGCGACUUAUAAUUGCGAUAGGUGUGGAUUUGAAGUAUUUCAAAUGGUGAAUUCGAGGAUGUAUAUGCCAUUGAAUGCAUGUCCUAGCCAGUUGUGUCGGGCAUCAGCGAAGCCAGGUCAGCUGUUUAUGCAGACGAGAGGGAGUCGGUUUCAGAAGGUGCAGAGCAUGAGGUUACAGGAAUUAUCGUAUCAGGUGCCGAUAGGGCACGUACCCCGGACAAUAUCUGUUCAAGCGUUGGGAGAGUUGACACGGAAAUGUGGCCCGGGCGACGUGGUGACGUUGUGUGGGGUGUUCUUACCGGUGGCUAACCAGGGAUUUCGAGCGGUGAGGGAUGGCCUGGUGGCAGAUACAUAUGUGUUAUCCCAGCAUAUUGAGAAGCAAAAAGAUAGCUAUCAGCACGCUGGAGAGUACAGACAGUUGUCAGACGUGUCGAUAUCUAUUUUGGAGAAAAUCCGGCGAUUUUCUGAGCAGAACGAUUUCAACACACGAUAUGAGAUAUUGGCUAAAUCAAUUGCGCCGGAGAUAUUUGGGCUAGAGGACGUGAAGAAGGCCCUACUCUUGCAGAUGGUGGGGGGUGUAAUGAAGCACAUGGAGGAUGGGAUGAAAAUUCGCGGAGACAUCAACAUUUGUUUGGUGGGAGAUCCUGGAGUGGCGAAGUCGCAAUUGCUCAAGUACAUCUCCAGCGUUGCUGUGAGGGCGGUUUACACAUCUGGAAAGGGGGCUUCCGGAGUAGGGUUAACGGCGGCAGUGUUGAAGGAUCCAAACACGAAGGAAUACGUAUUGGAGGGGGGUAGCUUGGCAGUGGCAGAUAUGGGGAUAUGCUGCAUAGAUGAGUUUGACAAGAUGAACGAAUCGGAUCGGACAGCGAUUCACGAGGUGAUGGAACAGCAGACGAUCAGUAUUGCGAAGGCGGGUAUCAUUACAAUUUUGAAUGCACGGACAUCAAUUCUUGCUGCGGCUAAUCCGACUUACAGUCGCUAUAACGUCCGAAAAUCCUUACAUGAUAACAUCAACUUAUCCGCAUCAUUGCUAUCUCGUUUUGAUCUGUUAUUUUUGUUGCUGGAUCAACCUAACAGCGAACAUGAUAGAGAGUUAGCGCUCCAUGUGACACAUGUCCAUCGAUUUGGUCAGCAUCCGGCAUUUGGAUUUGAGCCACUGGAGCCAACAGUUCUGCGGGCCUACGUUUCGAUGGCGAAAGAAUAUGAGCCGGUAGUUCCGGAGGAGCUUAGUGACUAUGUGGUCACUGCAUACUUAGCUCUCCGUGAAGAACAAGAAACAAAAUUCAGCGGAAAUAAUACCGGAGACGAAGAUCUGACUUAUUAUGUGACCGCUAGAACUCUUUUGGCAAUUCUUCGGCUCUCUCAGGCAGUCGCUAGAAUCCGAUUCUCUAGUGCGGUUUCAAGGUCAGACAUUGAAGAGGCCAUUAGAUUAAUGCAUAAAAGCAAAGAGUCAUUGAUCAGAGGAAAAGCUAAGCAACUUCGCCGAAAAAUGGUUGAUGAUGUCUCCGCCGUCUAUAAUCUGAUUCGGAACUAUGCUCGACAAAGAGGAACCGAUGUUCUCACAGUCGACGAAAUAACUCCUCUUGUUCUUCUAAAUGGAUAUAGCGAGGAACUGAUGAAUGAAGUCUUAGAUACCUACGAUCAGCUAGGCGGUAUAUGGACUCUCUCAGCCAAUAGACGUGUCAUUACUAUGGCAUUUUGAGCAAAUUCAACCAGUUUUUUGAAUUUACUCGUCUCUUCUGUCUUAGUUUUCAGUAAGAUAAAAAACUAGAUUUUUUUUCUUCUUCCUUUAUCUCACUGCAGGUGAGGCACGUAUUCCAGCUAGGUGUAUUACCUCCGAAUAAGAGGUCGCCUUAAAAUGAAAACAUCUUUAGACACCACUUCUUUUUUUAAAAAAAAAAAAAAAAAAAAGCAAAA